GGAGGGAAAACUUUAAUCCCUCGAGGAAGGGAAGCAGCGCGUUCUCUUCUCGUCCGUGUUGCCGCUUCGCCAUGGCUGUCGAUCCCGACACUCGGCCGUCGCCGAUUGAAUCUCUAGGUUGUCUCUUCAAGCUUACUGAAGUCUUCCUCCGGGACGACGAUGACGGUUUCGUCGGACUUACGGAGUACCCGAUGUCGAAGCCCGGUUCGAGCGGUAGUGCUAGCCGGGAGCCUGUUGCAGAUAUUGCGUUGUCUCUGGAGGAUAUCGAACUAUGUGGGCAAAUGGCCGCCCUAGGUCUGCCAACAGCCUUUCAGUCAAACAAUCAGAGAGACGUCAAGGCAAAAAAAGGAAGUAAAAAAGGUCACAAGUCAAAACAUGAAAACAAUAAUCAGGAAGCAUCCUGUAAUGUAUUUUCCUCUAGGACUGAAGCUACUGUUGUGGAUUCCCCAACUUGCGCUAAGAAUGGCCAAAACACAGACCUGGGUCAUACUGACUCGGAGAAUCACUUUCAAGACUGCUGCCGCUUCCAACCAGUUGUUAGCUAUGAAGAUGAAAAUGGCUUUCGUAAUUCUGUUGGCUAUCCAACUUCAGUUAGAGAUAGUGAAACAUGCGAAGGUGUAUAUCAAGAAAUGCUAAAUAGAAGCAGUACACCUGGAAUGCUUCAGGAUAAAAGGGAGGGAAACCUAGCCGUACAUGAUACUCUUGGAGAUUUGUGCUCUGCUGUCUACCUGGAGGUCGAUGGAGUCCACGCUAAACCUGUGGGUGAAGAACAGCGGAAUUGGCCUGAAUCGUCUGAAACCACAAAACACCUGCACAUUGAAUCCGAUACAUUGACUGUACCUGGUUCUGCAGGUCGCUGGGAGGCAAUUUGGGAUGCAUUUUAUGAGAGAAACUACUUCUAUAAUGUGGAAACACUGGAGACAACGUGGUACCCACCUUCAGGCAUGGAGCAUUUAGUAUUUUCUGAUGCUACAGCUAAACCGAACAAUGUGGUUGCUGAUGGAGCUGGUGCAAUUGGAGAUGUGGGCCUUGGAAGCGUUUGUCAUGGCACUGAUUCUGUGAAUGCACAUGAAUGUUAUGAACUAAAUGACCUUACACCUGGUGAAAAAAAUGUUGAUUCUAUCCAUAAAGUUGCAUCUGGGAUGGAGCAUUUGUCUUGUGAACACAAGUCAAGUUUGCUGACAUUGGAACCUGUUGAUGGCUAUAAGCACAUGAAGGAGCUCAAUGGAACCUGCACAAAAGAUUGCAAAGAAGUUGGUGGAGAAUGCUUUAGUCCCAUUCCUUGUAAUUGUCCUUCAGUUAUAGUUGAUGAAAGUUGCAGUGCUCCUACUGUAACUAGUGAAUUUAAUUGUGAAGAAGUUUGGAGAAAUGAUCUUCAAAUACACUCCAAGGAAAAUGAAAGUCGUAGCCAUGAGCAACUGGACAGCCAUCCAUCAGAUGAACCAAAUGGAGAUAAAUCUUCUCAGGAGUUAAUGGAAAACAGUGACAGAAAUGUCCAUUCAAAUUGCUGUGGCUCUCUCUUGGCUGAUGAUACUGGCAUUGCGUGUUUGCAUGCUAUGCCAAUUAAUGCUGGUUCUGAAGAGCUCUCUGACAUUGAUCAGAAGUUUCUGAAGCCUAUGGUGGAUGAACUUAAUGUUUGUGAUGUGCCUGGUAAUGCCAAAAGAAAAAAGAGAGCAAAAGCUCAAUGGCCUCAACUACAGAGAAAAAUACCAUCAGAUUGGGAGAGAACAGAUAUACAACUUCCAGGGAUAAUGGAAAGCUACCUUGUAGAUAUUGCCAAAUAUUGGCAUCAACGCUACUCCCUCUUUGCUCGUUUUGAUGAAGGCAUAAAGCUAGAUGAGGAAGGCUGGUUCUCUGUCACCCCAGAGUCUCUUGCAAAGCAUCAUGCUUCUCGUUGUCAUGGUGGCAUUAUAAUUGAUUGCUUUACUGGAGUUGGUGGAAAUGCCAUUCAGCUUGCCAGGCAGAGCCAUCACGUUAUUGGAAUUGAUAUUGAUCCCCAGAAGAUUGAUUAUGCAUUGCACAAUGCUGAUAUUUAUGGAGUUGCAGACAAGAUAGACUUCAUAAAUGCCGAUUUCUUUUGUGUAGCCCCAUAUUUAAAGGCAGAUGUUGCUUUCUUGUCUCCUCCAUGGGGAGGUCCUGAUUAUUCUAAGGUUGAAACAUACGACAUCAGAACCAUGUUGAAACCUUGUGAUGGGUCCUCUCUCUUCAACAUUGCGAGGAUGAUUGCACGCAAGGUUGUCAUGUUCUUGCCACGUAAUAUAGACUUUAAUCAGUUGGCAGAAAUAGCGAUGUUAGCCGAUCCUCCAUGGAGUCUAGAGGUGGAGAAGAACUACUUGAAUGGUAAGCUGAAGGGAAUCACUGCAUAUUUUGAGAGCAGUUGAAUAUAAAAAGUGAAUUUCGACGGUAUCCGAUGAGGGAAUUCAACAACAAUCUUUCCGCUAAAAGCAGAAACGCCGCUUGCAUACGAAUCUAUGUAAAGCAAGUGGGAGAAGCGUGCCGCAACGUUUCAGUUGGCUUUCAAAGGUUCUGUUGAUGAGAAAAAUGUGCUGCUUAAAUUAUUGUCCCCAUGAAUGUUUAAAUAUCCGUGAAGUGUAAAUCUAGCUUUGGUAGUGCUGCGUGUCUAAUUUGCAGUAAUGGUUCGACACGCAAACUUGAAAUUUGUUUAUUAUUAAAAAAAAGAAAGGGUAGUCUAUACAUGUAUGCAUUUGGAUAACGGCAGAACAAAUGUACUACUCAAGAGAAAACGUGGCUGUAUGUUUUGUAAGUAACUUAUUUCAUGAACACUCGUUCCAUGGGUCGUUCUUGUUACCAAGCAUCGAUCAGAGCUUUCUAAUAAAUUCGAGCCAAAUUGAAAACA